AGAAGGGAGCCGGGACUUUGUUCCUCGGGUUGGUCUGGAUCUGAGCCUAAGGUCUGAGCUGCGCUUAGCUUCUGCCCAGGAGCCCUCCACCUCCGAUCCCGGCCUCUGCUUCCAGGGCACCUGGCCCGUGGGUCCUCAGAGGAGCCAUGGACCCCAGAGGUUCCUGGGGAAAGAGCGCCAACCUCUGGCUGUGCGGGCUCCUGCUCUUCGCCGCUCUCCUGGGCUUCUACAGCAAUGUUUUCAGCCUGAUUCCCGGAUGGGGGCAGAGAAGAGCAUCUCAAAGCCAGGAUGACCACCCUGCGGUCCCACAGCCGAAGCCAUCCAGCGAAAGUGACUGCCACCGGGACACCUGCAGAGUCCCUGAGGUACCCAGGCUGGCUUACCCCAAGGCCCAGGUCCUCAGUCCCAUGAGGGCGGAUGUGCUGGUCAUGACCCCCUGGUUUGCUCCCAUCGUCUGGGACGGGGUCUUCGACUCGACCGUGCUGGAUGCGCAGUUCAGAAACACCACCAUCGGGCUGAGCGUGUUUGCCAUCAAAAAGUACGUGGUCUUCCUGGAGCUGUUCCUGCAGACGGCGGAGAGGUACUUCAUGGUGGGACACAGGGUCACCUACUACGUCUUCACCGACCGGCCAGCCGAUGUGCCCAGCGUGCCCCUCGCCGAAGGGAGGCAGCUGGUGGUCCUCGAGGUCCGGAACUACGCGCGCUGGCAGGAGGUGUCCAUGCACCGCAUGGAGAUGAUCAGCAAUUUCUCGCGGCAGCGCUUCCUCCGCGAGGUGGACUACCUGGUGUGCGUGGACGUGGACAUGAAGUUCAGCGACCAGGUGGGCGUGGAGAUCCUGUCCCCCCUCUUCGGCACCCUGCACCCCAGCUUCUUCAGGGCGCCCCGCGAGUCCUUCACCUACGAGCGCCGGCCACAGUCCCAGGCCUACAUCCCCAGAGACGAGGGGGACUUCUACUACGCAGGAGGCUUUUUUGGGGGGUCAGUGGCCGAGGUUCUCCGGCUGACCUCAGCCUGUCACCAGGCGAUGGUGGUCGAUCAGGCCAAUGGGAUCGAGGCCGUGUGGCAUGACGAGAGCCACCUGAACAGGUACUUUGUCUACCACAAGCCCACCAAGGUGCUGUCCCCGGAGUACCUGUGGGACGAACAGAUGCUGCAGAGGCCGCCUUUCCUCAAGAGACUGCGCUACGUGGCGGUGCCCAAGAAUCAGGCCGAAAUCCGGCACUGAGGAGCCCGGGGCCCGGGAUGUCUCCCGACAAGGCGGCCGCCUUAGCAGGGCUUCCCCUGGGAAGGGACGGACCAGGGAUGUGGUGCUGAGUGCCUGGGUUUCAGAGUCCUUUUCCCCGGGAGGCUCCCUCAUCCUCAGUAUAAACCGGGCUGUCCUUCAAGGUGCCUGCAAGGUCGCCCUCCCCGGGAAGCCUUCUUUGAUUGACUUUUCCUCCUACCACUGAGAUGCACGGCUCCAUGCUCUGCGUCUCUGUGAAGCCCAGAGCGUCUCCUCCUGGCCAAGCCCUGCCCUUCUGCCUCCAUUUCCCAUUGGUCUUGGUCCUCACAAUGUGGGCUCCUGCGGGCAGAGGUGAGGAUCUCUUCUUUGUACACGCCAGCACCCACACAGUGCCUGAUGCCCAGAGACUCUCGAAACAUGACCCCUCAAAGCCCGGUGGACCCUGUUCCCAGACAAUGGGCGAGGCCCAGCCUGAAAGCGCGCUUCUGGGUUUGGUUUGUGUGCAUCGGUACCUGGUGGCUUUGGGUUGUUUUUCUGUUUCUUACGGAUUUGUGGGAGUUUGUUAUUGCUUAAGGUGUUAGUAUUUUUCUCAGACACAAGCUAAGAAUCUCUUCUUCUGGUUUUUAUGUUGCUACUACAACUCUUUUAACAUGGGUGAAUUUAAGAAUUCCUUUCCUGCUUCAAAAUCAUGAAGACAGUGUCUUCUGUUAGAAGAUAGUGUCCAGAAGUUUUAUGUUUUUGCCUCACACUUAGGUCUUUAAUCUACUGACACUGACUUGUGUGUGCUUUUAAUGUCAGGAUUUGAUUUAAUUUUCCUGUCUCUGGAUAACCAUUAUCUGAGCACCACUGAUUGAAAACCCAUUUGGAAACUUAUGGAAAAGGUCUUUUCCCUGACUUGCAAUAUCAUCGGCCUCCUAGUGUCGCCCGUCCCCAUGUGCCUGGGUCUGUCUGUGGGUCUGUGCUUGUGGCCAUACCCCCUCUUGUUACUGGAGGCCCGUAAUCCAGUCUCCAUCCGGGCCACACGCCCUCCCGCCUGUUUGCUCACGAGCACUUUGAUUGCUCUCGGCUCUUGCAUUUCCACGUCACUUUUAAAUCUUCUGUCAAAUUGCAGAAAGGA